AUGAGUUCAUCUCAAGUAGGAUAUCUAGUGACUGCAAAUAUAAUUACUGCAUUUGGCGGAGGAAUAUUAUAUGGUUUAUAUCAACUAGCGGGUGAUUACUUAACAACCUUUUUUUUUAUGAUAAUUUUUGCUGUUGCAUUGGCAAGCAUAAGAAUUUCAGUAGUGAAUAGCAUUUAGAAAUUAUAUGAAACAAAUAGUUAGAGAUGGUCAAAUUAAAGAAUUUACUUUUUGCAUCAAGCAAAAUUUGGAAUAACUUUCAAUUUAAUAAUAAAUCUUGUGUAUUGCAUAAGAUAUCCAUUUAAAAUGUUAGAUUAUUUGAAAUAGCUGUUUACAAUUUCUUCAAUUCCUUAUAUUUUUAUAUUCUAUGUUAUAGUAAUAAAACUGUAGUGCUUACCUUAAUUAUUGUUUUGGGAUGUUUUAUUUUGGGCUUGUAUUGAUUUGUUAAGAAUAAUAACUUAUCCUUUUAAGAGGAAAGCCAAAAAUGACGAGUAAGGAUUAUUAGAAUGGAUUAGCAAAUCUAAAUUAUUUAAUACAAUGUUAUUUGCAUCGGUGCUGUUGGGAAUGAUUCUAAUAUUACCAAUAGCAAUAGCAUUAAUAUAUUAGGAUAUAAUGAUAUACAAAGAGGACCUGAUACCAAAGUUAUAGAAGUAUUAAAUUCCAAAUGAAUAUAAAUACUAUCUAUCAGCAGACUUCCUUCUAUCCUAAUUGCAAGGCCAGUAUCUAUCUGAAUCUUAGAUUCAGCAGCUAUCAUCAUACCUAAAUCCUGUCGAUGUCGAAGAUAAUCAUAAAAAUAAUGUAAUCUUUUUAGAGAUCUUUUAUGGAGAACACGCGUUGAAAAUACUUGGAAGUCUAAAGGACUGUCAAGAUUCCAAGUAUUGUUAAGCUAAAGUGUUAUUUAAUAAUUUGAAUUUGUUGAAUGAUUAAAUCUAUGAGUAUAUGCAAUACGGUUAUAACUAUUUUAAUGCUAUUUUGCCUCAAUUAUAGUAAUUUGCAUCCGUGAUUGGACAGUUUCUCAUAAAGAUAUUUAGUGGGAGUGUCGCAUUUUUAGUGAAGUUCAUUAUUUUUUAAUAGGGAGUGAUGUACUUAUUAACAGAAUCUUCGUUUUAUGAUUUAAUUAGUGUGAAAGAAAAGAAAAAUUCAUUUAAAGGAACAUUGGUUUAGAAUAUUAGUAAACACAUAACAGGAGUAUUUGUAUCCUUAUUUACUAUUUUUUAUGUAACACUUUAUGUUAUCAUAUAUCCUUUAUAUAAAGUCUUUUUGAUUGGAUUAUUAUCUUUAACUUAGAUAGUGGAUCCUGGAUUGACAUUUACAUUAAUCACUGGAAUUUGGUGGUUGGCUGGAUUUCUAAAUGAUGCUGUUCAUGAGUUUUGUAUAAAUGAUGGAUUAACCAUAUUGUUGGCUAUAGGAUUUUAUUUUUAAUCUGGUUCAAUUUAUUUAAACACGUUUUAAAAACAAUUAGGCGAUGCAUACUGGAGUGCAAUGUCUGUUAUUUUAGGAUACAUUUCAUUUCAAUGGUAAGGACUUUUGAUUGGUCCUUUGUUAAUUGGAGGAGUAAGAACUCUUUAUGAGAUUCUUGCCUGGUACUGGGGUGAAAGGGAAAUCUUGAAUGAUGAUAAGUCAAUUUAGAAUGAGAAUCAAAGGAGCUAAGGUGAUUUGAAGCCAAUUGAAAAUAAAGGAAUCACUAGCAGGAGUGGCUAAAGUAAGAAAGAAGGUAAGAAGAAGAAAGAUUGAGAUUAUAUUAUCAAUCGUAAAUAAAAUUAUAUAUAAUAAUAAUAUUAAA